GCCCACGCAAAUUGCACUUCCCAAAUCGUCCGCUGUUCUGGUUUAGAAGGCCAAAUAGCGACAGGCAUGUCUGCGGCGUUGCGUGUACUAUAUUCCGUAUCCCGGCCAGGCACCUUUGCGGCUGGACACAUUCUGGUGCGUCCAAUCAGUCUGUCAGCCCAGAGAGAGGGAUUCAAGUAUGUGAAUGCUCAGGAUCUGCCCACAGACAUGAAGUCCAUAACAGACCGAGCCGCUCAGACUCUGCUGUGGACGGAGCUCUUCAGAGGAUUGGGCAUGACCAUGAGCUACCUGUUCAGAGAGCCGGCCACUAUAAACUACCCGUUUGAGAAGGGGCCCCUGUCGCCACGUUUCCGCGGUGAGCACGCCCUGCGCAGGUACCCCUCUGGAGAGGAGCGCUGCAUCGCCUGCAAGCUGUGUGAAGCCAUCUGCCCCGCCCAGGCCAUCACCAUCGAGGCAGAGCCCCGUUCGGACGGCAGCAGGAGGACGACGCGCUACGACAUCGACAUGACCAAAUGUAUUUACUGUGGCUUCUGCCAGGAGGCCUGUCCUGUUGACGCCAUCGUGGAGGGCCCCAACUUUGAGUUUUCCACAGAGACCCAUGAGGAGCUGCUCUACAACAAAGAGAAACUGCUCAACAACGGAGACAAGUGGGAGGCCGAGAUCGCUGCCAACAUACAAGCUGAUUACCUCUAUCGAUAGACAGGCUGGCUGACGCGCGCACAUACACACCCACACCGACCGACUGACCAUACUCUGCUGAUAACCAUAAAACACACAGAUUCGGUAUGACAGACUGACACACACAUUGUAUAGAUAUCCGUCAGCCUCUUUGACACAGACACACAUCCAUCCAUACUGUACAGUUGAUCCAGAUCAGUGGUUCACACCGAGACCUGUUUCCAGAGAUCCAGACAGAAACGUUUAUCUAUACUGCAUAGAUAUUGAAUGGGACUUGGAUGAAUGGGACAAAUAAACAGCAGGAAGCCACAGCUCUCCAGAACCAGGUCUGUGUGGACCACUGUCAUAAUAAGCUCAGCUUACCCACAGAGAGAAGCACCCUCAGACUCCUGUACCGGCAGCCAGCCCACAGAUGCCUAUCCUGGGCCACAUUCAAUAGGAAUACGUUGUGGAAAGUUGCAUAAAGAAAUGACAUGAAUAGAGUUGACAUGAUUAUUUAUUCUACUUGUCAGAGGCAUGUUUGUUCUACAUACCAUAUUUCUAUCUGAACGUUCCACAACGCUGUGCCCUGGUGAACGCACCCGUGAUGUCUCUAUGCUCAACAGUACUGUCUAUCUGAUAUGAGGUAAGAUAUUGUCCCUAACCAAACAAAUCUUUCCAUGUGUUAGUGGUUAGGGACAACUACCUACUUUGUGUCCCAAAUGGCACCCUAUUUCCUAUAUAGUGCACUACUUUUGACCAGGGCCGACAAGACUGGUCAAAAGUA